ACACAUUGUCAUCCAUGUGUCAGCCAGAUUAAGUUGUAUUUUUUUUGUUAUUGCAGAGUAAAGUUAUGGCCGCAGUUUUUAACUUAAGUAAAUUGUGCAGUAAAAACAAGACAGUUGUACACACCUACCGCAUUACAUGUUACAAUCAGUUUGCAGCACGAGUGCAGACACGUGUGCACUAUGCCACGGCGGCGCAAGCUAACGACGAUGGCAAUCAUCACAACAAAACCAAGAAGAUAACGCCGUUUACGCCCACGCCGGGCAGCAAGCUGCUGGGCGGUGUAUUUGGCAAAAAGGCUAAAGCAACAACGCUACAACAACGACUGCCACAACGACAACAAUCACAACAACAACAGCAAUCAAGACAAUGUCACAUUCAUUUAGGCGGUGGCAACGAUGGCGGCACACCCUUGGGCAAGCUGGAUGCACCCGAAGUAACCUCCAAGGAUAUGAUGCGUGCCAUGAUGGCGUAUAUAUGGCCCAAGGAAGAUCCGCUGGUGCGCAAGCGUGUGGGCAUUUCACUGGGCUUGCUGGCAGGCUCCAAGCUGCUAACUGUAUGUGUGCCCUUUCUGUUCAAAGGAGCUGUAGAUAGCAUGACGACGCUAAAUAUGGACACAGCGCCGGAUGUAGUGCUGUCCACAGCAACAGCGCUGCUGCUGGGAUAUGGCAUUGCCAGAGCCAGUGCAGCAGGUUUCAAUGAGCUGCGCAAUGCGGUAUUUGCUAAGGUGGCGCAUCAUUCCAUACGCAAAAUAGCCACGAAUGUAUUUUUGCAUUUGCACAAUCUGGAUUUGGCUUUCCAUCUCAAUAAGCAAACAGGUGCGCUGUCCAAGACCAUAGAUCGUGGCUCGCGUGGCAUUAACUUUGUGCUAACCGCCAUGGUGUUCAACAUAGUGCCCACAAUCUUUGAGCUGACGCUGGUCAGCAGCAUUCUGGGCAUCAAGUGUGGUCUUGCCUUUGCAGGUGUAAGCAUGGGAUGCGUCGGCAUUUAUGCUUUAUAUACGCUGAGCGUAACACAAUGGCGCACACGCUUUCGUGUCUAUAUGAAUCAGGCGGAGAAUGAGGCAGGCAACAAGGCAGUGGAUUCGUUAAUCAACUAUGAAACUGUCAAGUACUUUAACAAUGAAAAGUAUGAGGCGGGCUGCUACAAUGAGGUGCUGAAGAAGUACGAGGCAGCUAGCUUGAAAACCAGUUCUAGUCUUGCCAUGCUUAACUUUGGACAAAAUGCCAUCUUCAGCAGCGCUUUGAGCUUGAUUAUGGUGCUGGCAGCCAAGGAAAUAGCUGCGGGCAACAUGACAGUGGGCGACUUGGUUAUGGUGAAUGCUUUGCUGUUUCAGCUAUCCAUACCUUUGGGUUUCCUCGGCAGCGUCUACCGUGAAGUGCGUCAGGCUUUGCUGGAUAUGCAGGCCAUGUUUACGCUGAUGAAUGUGGAUACACGCAUACAGUCGGCGCCCAAUGCGCAGCCAAUCUUCGUGGACAACACCAACUCGUCCAUUGAAUUCCAAAAUGUCAACUUUGAGUAUGAGCCUGGCAAGCCUAUCUUCAGGGAUCUUAGCUUUAGCAUACCAGCAGGCAAGAAUAUAGCCUUUGUAGGCGGCUCUGGCUCGGGUAAAUCCUCCAUGGUGCGUCUGCUGUUUCGUUUCUUUGAGCCCAAUUCGGGUCGCAUUUUGAUUGGCGGUCAGGAUAUAGCCAACGUGGAGCUGGAUAGUCUGCGCAAAAGCAUUGCUGUAGUGCCGCAGGACUCAGUGCUGUUCCACAACACCAUCGAGCAUAAUAUACACUACGGCAAUCUCAGCAAAUCACAUGAGGAUGUGCAGAAUGCUGCACGCAUGGCUGAUCUACAUGAAUCCAUUAUGAGCUGGCCCAAUCAAUAUCGCACGCAGGUGGGUGAGCGCGGUCUCAAGCUCUCCGGCGGUGAGAAGCAGCGCGUGGCCAUUGCACGUGCCAUACUAAAGAACACGCCUAUACUAAUCUUUGAUGAGGCUACGAGCAGUCUGGAUUCUAUAACAGAGCAUAACAUUUUACAAGCGUUAACACGCGCUACCUCAGGACGCACUAGCAUCUGCAUAGCUCAUCGCCUGUCUACAGUCAAGGAUGCGGAUGAGAUUCUGGUGCUGGAGAAUGGACGUGUGGGUGAGCGUGGUACACAUCAAGAGCUUUUGAAACAGAACGGUCUUUAUGCGCGUUUGUGGGAAACGCAAACACAACAAUUCGAUCCGGAGCGUCAUGCAGCCAAGAAUACGUUGUAGCCCGUCAGCUAGCCCAGGGUUUCAAAUUGUUAAAGAUUGUUGUGGUUGUAGUAAGCUUUAGAAGUAAUAGCGUAACAUUUAUAAUUUGACAAAGCCACAAAGCCACAAAAUUGCGCAGUAGAGUCAGAUAAUUUGUUAAAUAACUUAUAGGCUGAAAGUACAUAUAUAUA